UUUUCUCAACCCCUUUUUUUUGCUAAUUUGGAUGCUACUUAAAGAUUAGGGUUUUGUGAUUAUGUUCUAGGAAUGUGUAGAGCCUUAGAUUCUUGGAGAGAAAAUGGUUGAAACUGAUGAGAAUUACUCAAUUUUCUUGAUUUGAAUGUUGAUAUGUUAUUAUCUCUUCAGUUAUUAGCUGGGAAUUGAGAUUUGUCUUCUGUUUCAUUAACAUUUCUCAAUUUUUUGGAAUUUUAUUCUUUUUAGAUUAUAUCUAUCUGUUGAAUAUAAAAAUAAAAAGCACCUUCUUUGGUAGCUUAAGUUUUUAGAGAAAAACAAUUAUUUUAUAUUCUUUAAUAUGAUAUCAUAGUAGAAGGUCCAGAGUUCGAGUCCUCCCAAGCUCUCUGGACUCGUCUCCAGUCCAGACGUGAGGGGGAGUGAGGGGAAAUGUUGAAUAUUAAUUAAUAUUAAAAGCACGGUUCUCUAUUAGCUUAAGUUUUUAGAGAAAAACGGUUAUUUCUUUAACCUACAUAUUGAAAUUGUUUCACAUUCUUUCACUACAUAUCAAUUUUUUUUUUUUUUGUUUCCAGUAAAAAUGUAUGGAGACUCUCUCAACUAUAGGCACUUUUGAAAUAAGACCUCUUAACUUUUUGGUUUGACACCCCUUUUAACUUUUUAUUUGUUUGGAAUUGAGUGAUUUAGUGAAAUAAGUUGUGGAUUAUCUCAAAUUUAUUGGAUGUCGGAAUAAGUUAUCCAAGUGAUAUCUUAUUCGGAAUAAAAUUUUUUAUUAUGAUUGGAAGAUUUUCAAGUCAUUUUUUUAAUAGAGGAUAAAUCACCUUGUAGGUGAAAUAUGCUAUUCCACCAAAUCUUGGAUGCUAAGACUUUUCAACGAGCAAAAAUGAAAUUUCUACCUUCCAAUCGCACAAAAAAAAACCUAUUGAAUCAUCGAAUAACUUAUUCCGACAUCGAAACAAGGCCUAAGUCAACAAACUAGAAUAACUCAAAUCAGUAAAAUUAGAAAUUAACGGGGUGUCAAUUAGGGGGAAAAAAAGGAAAAAGGUACAGGGACCUAUAAGAAUGCUUAUAUUUGAGGGGGGUCUCUAUAUGUUUUUACCCUUACUUUUCAACUUUCAAGUAGUUAUAUGUGCACCACUUGUUCCCAAAUUCUUGGCCUAGUUUCACUUUGGUCCUAGAACUUAAUUUGGACAUUCGAUACCAUAAACUUUUGAGGUUGUUCUCAAAUUAUUCCUUGUCCUUUGGAAUUGCUACUGGUUAAACGAGAAACACUAGUCCAGCUUCACUCUGCUGAAAGUCACAGGUCAAUCAAUACAACUACUGGAAUGAAAGAAUAUUUCAAAACAUUGGCAGCUUAUAGAAUUCUUGAUGAUAUUGUCUCCAUAUGGUGAUUGAACAUUCUAGAAGCUUCCCAAAAACAUACUGUGACCAGUAAGAUGACUAGUUCUCUUGACACGGGAAAUAGUGCGCUUACAUCUUGUCUUUCAUUAUCUUCAUCUUGGCGAGAAAAUUUUGAUGUGCAAUGAGGGGCUUUCAUGGAUUUAACCGAUGCAGGUACAGACUCUCUUGGACAGCUUAUGUAGCUAAAAAUGUUCGGAGUGUCAAUACUGCAAGAAUUUCAUCAUCCCGUGGUCUUUAUGUGCUUAAUGAUCCCGCUGUAUAUAACUGGAUACUCCAGUGUCCUAGUGUUCAACAUUUUUCUACCAGUCUACAUGAGACCAUCCAAUGGGGAUGCUUAUCGUCAUCAUCUGAAACCUUAUCGAAGAAGCUUGAAGUUGCUUUGAAAGAUGACAAUGUCGAUGAAGCAUGGGAAGCUUUUAGCAGUUUUAAAAGGUUAUACGGUCUUCCUAAACUACAGUUGGUGAAUAGAAUGGUCUUAUUGUUGUCUUAUUCAUCUAGUCGUCAAUGGCUUCGGAAAGCAUAUGAUAUCACACUCAUGGUUUAUAAAGAGAACCCUAAUUAUCUUGACUGCAGCUCAUUAACCAAGCUAGCUCUAACCCUUUCCUGCGUCCACGAUUCUGAGGAUAAUCUUAGAGAAUGCAAAGCUUCCAUCACUUGAUAUAUUGAGCACUUUGUUCUUGCAUCUGGUUAAGACGGAAGUUGGAUCCUAUCUUGCAAUUGAUAUCCUGAUUGAGACUUGUGAGCUCUUUUCGCACGAAGUCACAGAAAGGAAGAAACCCAAGAAAGUAGGCGCGAUAAAGCCCAGUGUAAACGUGUUUAAUCUUGUCCUAGACUCUUGUGUAAGGUAUAGAUGCACCUUGAAGGCACAAGAAAUAAUAGGAUUGAUCUCAUUGGUAGGAAUAGUAGCUGAUGCAAGUUCCAUAAUACUCAUUGCUAGGAUUUAUCAGAUGACAGGACAACGUGGUGAGUUGAAGAGAUUGAAGGAAUAUAUCGAUUGCAUAUCUUCUCCGUCACUGAGUCGCCAAUACCGACACUGACAGUUUUAUGAUAGUUUGUUGAGCCUACACUUUAUAUAUGGUGAUAUUGAUGCUGCUACAGAACUCAUGCUUGAUCUCUAUCGGCGACCAAAGUCUAAUAAAUUUUUCAAUAAUGAGUUCCAAAAGCAUUGCUUAGUGCAAAUUGGCUCAAGUAACCUAAAGUCAGGAUUCAAACUAAUUGUUGAGCCCACAAAGCUGGACAAUGAUUUUCUCAUUGAUGUACAAGGCAGCCCAGAGCUAGUCCUUUUUUUAGAUGGUAAGCUUGUUCCAAAUGAAAAGGCUUUUGCAAAGCUUAUCAACAGCUUCGUCAAAGAGAGAAUGAUCAGUGAACUCUGUCAUUUUAUGACUACAUUGCAUAAAGAAGUUGAUUUCAAAGUAAAUGGUUUAUGUUUUGAUGUGAUGGGCGCCUGCAAUCAGGUGGGUUGGUCUGAUGUUGCCCAUGAUGUUCUAGAUGAUUUGGAAUCAGCUGGAGUUCCUAUUGAAGCGAAUACAUAUGCCUUACUUUUGCAAGCAUAUUGCGAAGAUAACAAGUUGGAAGAAUCUAAAAAGCUUUCGAAACAGAUAGAAAAAGCAGGUCUUCUUGGAACCGAUGUCGAUGUGACUUCCGCUUCUCUUGAGACUAAGUCACAUCUGGCUGAGUUUCUGGAAAAGGAAAUCCAAGAAGAACGUGUUGGGAGUCAACUAAUUUACGAGCUUAACAAUUCCAUUCUUUUCUUUUGCCAAGCAAAAAUGGUUGAAGAUGCUAUGAGGACAUUCAGAAGCAUGAGAAAGAAAUAUCCGGCCCACCAUGCAGACUUUUAAAUAUCUACUUGAUGGUUCUUCUUCCAUAGAAUCGUACCAUGCGAUUACGAUAUUAUGGGGAGAAAUAAAGAGAGAGAUGGAAGAUAAAGAUUUAGCGGCAGAUAGAGACUUGCUUGAUUGCUUGCUUUUAAAUUUUCUUAAAGGUGGCUACUUUGAGAGGGUGAUGGAGAUUAUCAGCUACAUGUCGAAGUAUAAUAACUUCUUUGAUAAGUGGAAGUAUAAAAAGGAGUACAUGAAAUUCCACAAGAAUCUUUACAGGAACUUAAGGGCAUCAGAAGCUAAAACAGAGGCUCAAAGUAAAAGACUGGAGCACGUUCGGGCUUUUAGGGUUUUGGUUGGCAUUAACCAACGGUAGUAAGAAGAUGUAAUCAUGUUUCUAUUGCGCGAAUGUUUCAAAAAGAAGAGGUUAGUAGCUAUAUUGUUUACUCGGCGGCUUUCAUUCAGCAUUUAUGAGCGGGGUUAAUCAUGUAGUGUUUUGAUGGAUAUUCAGAUGAAGUUAAAUUACAAAAGAAAAGUCAAAUAUUAUAUUUCUGUUGCCA